AGCUGCCAAGUUAGCGUUGCUGUAGUCAAAUUAAAAAUUGGAACCAGUGAACAAAGUCACGCAGCCACUUGCAAUAAAAUGGAAAAUGAUAUUAAUAUACAGAAAGAUGAUUUCUUUCAUAAGCAAAACCCACUUACCGUUUGGGUCCAAGAACAACAAAACCACCAUCUCCUUUAUCCUCUCUCCGUUCCUUUUCAAGUGCAAUCUUCAAAUGGCUCGGUCUGCGCUUGAUGAAAUGGCUGACUCCGGGGCUUUUCUAAGAACUGCUUCAACAUUCCGGAACUUCAUUUCCCGAGACCUAAAUUCUCAAUUUCCAGCAGAAUCUGGAAGAUAUCUUCUGUAUAUAUCAUAUGCUUGUCCUUGGGCUUCUAGAUGCCUUGCAUACUUGAAGAUUAAAGGACUUGAGAAAGCCAUCAGUUUCACGUCUGUCAAACCUAUAUGGGAACGAACAAAGGACAGUGAUGAACAUAUGGGAUGGAUUUUUCCUGCUUCAGAGACAGAAGAACCAGGAGCUGAGCCUGACCUCUUGAAUGGAGCAAAAAGUAUAAGAGAACUUUACGAGCUUGCAAGUACCAAUUACACUGGAAAAUACACUGUUCCUGUGCUGUGGGAUAAGAAGCUCAAAACAAUUGUUAGUAAUGAGAGUGCAGAGAUUAUUCGCAUGUUUAAUACUGAAUUUAAUGAUAUAGCUGAAAAUGCAGCUUUGGACCUGUAUCCUCCCCACUUGCAAGCUCAGAUUGAUGAAACCAAUGAAUGGAUAUAUGAUGGGAUAAAUAAUGGUGUUUAUAAAUGUGGGUUUGCUAGGAAGCAAGGUCCUUAUGAGGAGGCCACAAAACAAUUGUAUGAAGCUCUUGAUAAAUGUGAGGGAAUACUUGGAAAGCAACGUUAUAUAUGUGGAAACACUUUGUCUGAAGCAGAUAUUCGGUUGUUUGUCACCCUCAUAAGAUUUGAUGAGAUUUAUGCCGUUCACUUCAAGUGCAACAAAAAGCUGUUAAGAGAGUACCCAAAUCUGUUCAACUAUACCAAAGAUAUUUUUCAAGUUCCUGGUGUGAGUAGUACUGUGAACAUGGCGCAUAUUAAGCGCCAUUAUUACGGAAGCCAUCCUUCUAUAAAUCCAUUUGGAAUCAUUCCUGUUGGCCCAGAUAUAGACUUUUCUUCUCCUCAUGACAGAGAGAAGUUUACUAGAUGAUGUGCAUACUGAAAGAUGAAUAUUGGUUUUUGGAAGAUGGCAUGACUUAUGUAUUGAUAUCAGGUCUCGUGUAGCAAUGGAAAUUCUGCUGUUUGUGUGAACUGAA